GCCUUCAUCAAAUCAGUCAGAAUCGAACGUUGUUCGCAGUUGGACGCGCACGCAGCACCAAGCAGAAUAUUAUUGUUACAAGUUCUGUUCUCUACACACCACAGACAGCAAAGAGAGUAGAAUUUUUAGUUUUCAGUUGUUGCCAUCGAGUUUGUGCUUGGACAAAAAUCUUAACGAUAAAUAAUAUUCUCCGCGGGCGGGCGUGUUACAGAACUGCUGCUGCUACUAGCUACAGAAGUGAAAACCCUGCCUGGUGUGUAACAUUUGUGUGAAUGUAAAAUCCGAACCUGCCUCUCCCUGGUGUCAGGAGGUUAGGAGGAGGACGAUCCAACUGGUAAAAACUGUUGUUGGUGGUUUUCUUCGGCUGCGAAUGUGUUGGUAAAGCCCUGACAGGCACAAGGCGUAAAACCUUAAAACCCACCAUAUCGGAGUGAGGUGAAGUUGCAGCUCGACUCUCGCUCGAGACGAAGACGAAAUACACAUCCGGUCCGCUCUGCACCGUCGUCGUCGUAGGUCGGAAAUGUGAAGUUGUGCGAAACAGGGCCCAUAAGUGAACCGCCGUAAAAGAACCUUUUACCCUAACGACGAAAGUGUUGCUCACCUUGCUGCUGGCUAGCCUCCACUUGGACAGUUCUGUUUUUUUAUCAGUCGCUCGCCUGGUAAGUGGCAAAAGAUAAGAAGAGUUUUGCGUGUGCACUUUUUCGCUUUCUAGGCGAAGGUGUAAAUUGGUUGUGUGCUGCGGGCUCCAAGCAAAACGCAACAGUCACUUUGCCUUGCACAAACAUUAGCAAAUGUCAACGUCGUUUGUCAGUGGAGCUUAGAAGAAGGCAAAGCGGGCAAGCAGAAAAAAAAUACACAAAUACUGAGGUUGUGUGUAGAGCGAAGGCACACAGCCGUUCAGAAGCGUGGUGAGGCUGUGAAUAAAACAGGAAAAAAGUUUCGUCUGUGUGAGUGUUGCAAGAAGUAAGUGGCUGGCAGCAGGGCCUUUUCGAGCCCACCGAUCGAGCGAACCUUCGGGAGUGAUCUUUAAAGCCCGUUCGGAAGGUACGAACCUUGCAAAGUUACGAAACAGUAAACACUUCUAUCGAUCUGAGUAGCCACUGCUAGGUUAACAGUUUCAGAGGGAUACCCCGAGUGCUUGAUCGAAUUUUUUGAUCUUUCGAAAGAGAAAAAAAAAGUGUCGACUAGAUCGUCGCUUGUUAAAUGUUUGCACUGUCGAGUGUACGCGUGUUUACAUUGGAGCUCGCCUUGAGAAUUAACAUAAGUCUUGCACAUUCUACAGAAUACAUGUAGAGAAUUGAAGUAUUUUAAGUGCUAGAAGUUAGACCACUGUUGGAGAGCCAGGAAAAAGCGAAAGUUCCGUUUUGUAGAGAAGACGACAAAGUAGGGAAAAAAGAAGAAGCGAAACAGCGCUGUGCGUGUGUGCGAAGAUUGAAUAACAACGAUCGUUCCGUGUCGGUCGAUCGAGUGCAGAGUGUAAACAGAAACCGUGUGACAAUCUCCCACUAAUUCCGAAUAUGUUACUGCCGGAAGGGUUCCGACAUGUCGGCGACGGCCGACUGGACGUGGACGACGCCCGACUGCAGCAGUUGCGGGUCCAGCAGGACCUGGCCGAGAUCUACGACAUCGAGGAGAGCUGGUUUGCAAAAGGAAAAUACGGCAUCGUCCGCCGGGCGGUCGACAAAAAGACCGGCAUCAACUAUGCAGCAAAGUUCCUCCGUCGUCGACGCCGGGGCCAGUGCUGCGCCAAAGAAAUCAACCACGAGAUAGCGGUGCUGAUGCUGUGCGCCAACUCACAACACAUCGUUCGGCUGCACGCCGUCCACGAGACCCGCUCGGAGACGGCACUGAUUCUUGAACUGGCCACCGGAGGUGAACUGCAGACUCUGAUCGACAGCAAAGGACAGCUUUCGGAAGCGAAAACACGAACCUGUAUGCGAGAGAUCCUGCGUGCCCUGAACCAUCUCCACAAGCAGUCCAUCGCACAUCUCGACCUCAAGCCACAGAAUAUUCUGCUCAGCGGGGAGGAUGUUGAAGCUGGACUCAAACUAUGCGACUUCGGUAUCGCACGUAUCGUCGAGGAUACGGGCAAGAUAUACGAGAUUCUGGGCACCCCGGACUACGUGGCCCCCGAGGUGCUGCACUACGAGCCCCUGUCGCUGCGGACCGACAUCUGGUCGAUCGGGGUGCUGGCGUACGUGCUGCUGACCGGCUGCUCGCCCUUCGGCGGCGACAACAAGCAGGAAACGUUCCUCAACAUUACCAAAUGUUUGCUCACCUUCCCGGAGGACCUGUUCGAGGAGGUGUCCCAGGAUGCGAUCGAUUUUAUCAAGUGUGCGCUUCGAAUUAAGCCGAAGGAGCGCCCUUCCGUACAGGAAUGUCUCGAGCAUCGGUGGCUCAAAGAGGACAGCAUAUGCGAGACGAGUGAAAAGCUGGCGACAUCGGUUAUCAUGCAACUGCAGUCGGACGUUUCGGAAUCGAUCUCCUGCGCCUCGAUUGUCUCCAUUGUCGAGGAGGCAAUUCUACCGGAGGAGCAGCAGCUUGUUGAGGUGGUGUUUAUCAACGGCCACAGUCACAGCAAUGGUUCGGAUGUUCCUGAAGAACCGGAGCAGCAGCCAUCCGCCGAUGAGGAAGACGAUGAAGCCGAAACCAACAAGGAGAAUGUCCUAGUGCAAAGCACUGUCCAGUCGCAGACUGCCGUGGUGGAGAUCGUCAGUGUUUCCUUAUUUCCGGACGCUCCAACCACUCCAAAAGUCAGCAGAAAAGCGCCACCUUCCGAGCAGCAGCAGAACGGUCAGCUAAUUCACCACAACGGUCACCACCACCAUCAUCAUCAUCUUCAGCAGCAUAACAUCCAUCAUCACGCCAACAGCAAUAACAACAACAACAACAAUGUGGUUAAUGGUAAACAAACCACAAACGGUCACACGACCCCGAACACCACACAGACAUCGACGACGACGGCGAGUUCUCCCUCAGUCAAAGCCUACGUACAAAAGUUCCAGCAACAACAGCAGCAGGAAUCGACGACGGCAGUGAUGCUACCGAUGGAGAACGGUUUCUGCGCCGCAGCGGCCGCCACCCUGUGCUGUCUCAAGUGCAGCGAGGAGACGAGCACCGGGGCGGCAGCCGCUGGGCUGGCCGUAGCCGUUGCCACGGUAGCCACCCGGAAGACGCUCCAGUGCGGCGACAAGGGUAUCAUCUGCUGAGAACCGGCUCCCGGCGGGAGGCCCCUCGCUGGCAAAAGCUAGUAGUAGUAGUAUUAAAGUCACAGUAGAGAGAGAUCGCGCGGACGCUUCUGCUGCGCAGAACUCGUACUUAAUGGAAGUCAAAGUGAAGUGAAAGCCACAAACUCGACACACACAUCCACAAUCAGGCAGGGGAAGAGGUUCGAUUAGUGUCCAACACAACACAAUACACACAUACAGAAACACCAACAUUAUUAGUAUACCUACAACAGUUACUGAACAGUGUUAGGCUUCGAUGGUCGUUCGAUGCGAUUUUUGUAAAUAUGUAGGAUCACAAAAAGCGUUCGUGAGCUUUUGUUUAUAUAUUUUAAGCAUAGUAAGAAACAGCUAGCCCAUUACUAUUAUUAAUAUCGUAUUUGUUUUUAGAUAUUUCCUAAAAGAGGUAGUAUAUUUUCGAGUCGAGCCUUCGUUCUCGAUUCGAUUUGAAAGAAAAAGGAAGAAACUGAUACAACGAGCGAGAGUGAACUGGAAAUCUCUGUUCUGAGAACCAGAACCAGAAAAAGUAGCAAACAAAUCGCGAUCGUAGAAGGGAACCAAGUUCUGCUGAACAGCCGGCUGGUUGAUGUCAUUUAGAGAGAAUUGGAAGCAUUUCUUGUUUGGUUUUUAGUGGCCUUGGAAUUAUCCUGUAGUCAAUAAAUCUCGUUUUGUUGAAUGCAUUUUCUGGGUCCGCGCGUAUGUCUGCAGAGAGUUUGAACGAUUGUUCGAAGCUUCUGGAAGCAAAAGUUAGUAGCAUGAGUUUGUACAUUUUGUUUGUCUGGGUGCUGCGUGCAAGAGGAAGCUGAUCGAGCUUUCAGAAUACCUAAUACGAAAAAUUUUAUUUAACACUAGACUAGGUUUAAGUUUUAGCAACGUUCCCACCUGAAGGUGGGAAACCGCUUUUUAACUUAUUUUUUUUUCGGCAUCCCCACUUGCUUGGGUAAGAUAAAAACGCGCGCAUAGAAACUAGACCCACCUACCCCCGUUUUUUCCGCUGUCCACUUCCAACCUAAAAACUCUGGUACACAUUUCGUACUAACGCGGAAGGAAGUUCUUACUGUGAGUAAACGUAAGAGAGUAUAGGCACUACUUAAGAUAGUCAAAUUUCCUUUCCCCCAGCACUUCUCCAGCGCCUGUGCCUGUGUAAAUAUGAAACUAAUUGUAAGCGAGUUCUUCUUUCUAGCUGCUAGUAAGUUCCAGUCGUUAGUUUUAUUCGCCACUUUUGUUUUUUUACAAAUGCUUUUUCUUACCCAAACGCCCCUGUUUUUUUUUAAAUUUUUAAAUUGUGUGCGGAGCUCAGAAGACCCGGUUUCGGUGUCUUUUUUGUUCUGAAACGCGGGAGAAAUACACGAAAAAGAAAAAAACGCGCCGGAGUCUGUGUGGAUCGCUGGCUGUCCAGCUGUGAGUACAAAUGCGAAUUUGUGGAUUUGAAUGAAUAGAUUAUUGUACAUUAUGAAAUAAA